ACGGGUUUACGACUUGGUUUGUCUUUCAAGAUGCAUCCCCUUUCAUUCCAUGUGCGAUGCUCGACGCGAUUGUUCGCUAAUUGUUUUUCAGACGAUUUCGGGUAUAACUCUAACUACAGAUAUAGCAGGCUUUCCCCCGUUCAUCGACGCCACGCCUUGUGCGCAGUAGAAAAUAACGUCUCAGUGCUAUGUAUCAAAUUUGCACAGUGCCUGCGAAUUAGGUCAAUGUUCAGUGACAACUCACCAUCGAAUGCACACCAAGAGUUUCCAGCGGCGCUCAGCUCAAGGGCUUCUCCUGCAGCGUUGUCCACGGGCGUGGCACGCCUCAAACAGACAGCUCGGAUGACGACGUAGUGACCCCCGAGUCCUUACCCCAUAUUCCAACUUACCGUUCUAAGGAUCACACAUCAUCGUGCGGCUCGCAACAAAAAGCUCCCGCCGGCAACCUCACGACUGUCUGCCUUCGUUUCGGUGCUGGGCGCUGAUAUCUCACAGUUCACAGGGAAUCUCCGUGUUACUGCCGAUCUGCUCCCAUACGGGGGACCGCAGUCAGGACGAGCGGGAGAUUGACUCCGCGAUCAUCCGGAUCCGUGUCCGCUGCAAUGGAUGUCCGUGUACUCACAGCCAAUACUCGGACUUGGUCUUAGGUGUCAGUGGGACGGACCAGAUGAUUGACAGCAGCGAGCCGCCCGUGCCUUCUCCCAUGUCCCACUGGCGUCCCCGGCAUCAAGCGUGGUAGACUUAUAAUCAGGUUGUAUGCGGAAUGCACACGACCUGGAUCCUAAUCCCCGCGCUCGAUAUGGCUGCUCCUCCCUCUGCGUCAAACACUACGGUCCCUUCAGGCAGUGCCUCCGCUAACCCGUUUGCAGCUCUCCCGGCGAUCCCACCACUCGACGACACAUUUGGCGCUCUGCUCAUUGGGACAUUUGUCGGGCUCAUUCAGUAUGGCUGGACCACGCAUCAAUGCUACCGCUACUUUCGCAUGUACCCCGAAGAUACAUGGCUGUUGAAAAGUCUUGUUGCGGGUGUUCUCCUUCUGGAGACAUUUCACAGCGUCUUGUGCAUGCACAUAUGCUACUUCUAUCUGACAACUAACUACUUCCAUCCGCUGGCUUUGCAAAGCGGGGUCUGGUCGAUCAGCCUAUUGGGUGUAGUCACGGGGGCGGUUAUCUUCCUGUCACAAUUAUUCUUCCUGCGCCGAGUUUAUCUGAUUGGAAAGAAGUUCCGGCCCCUAGUAUUUCUCUGCGCACUAUUUCUUUUGACAGAGCUUGGCCUCGCGACCAGCGUGACCGUCGAUACCUUCAUCCAUCCGACUUUGCAUAACUCGGACCAAGCGUGGAUGAAUUCCGCAGGAGUCGGGAUAGCCGCGCUCUCGGACACGCUCGUUACUGCUGCUCUUACGUUCUCAUUGCACCGCAGCCGCACUGGUAUCAAGCGUACGGACUCGCUCAUCGACGUCUUAAUCAUGUAUGCGAUCAACACUGGGCUCGUCACCGGAAUCGCGAAUAUCUUAUCCUUCUGCUUCGCCAUAGCCAUGCCCAACAAUCUCAUCUAUGCCGGCAUCGACAUCGUGGCUACAAAAUUCUACGCGAACUCUCUGAUGGCCGUGCUCAACUCCCGCCGGGCACUCGCCCAAAGCACGUCCGGGCUCGUGACUUCAAGCUCGAUGAACAUGUCUGUCCUCCCGCGGAAUCGGGGGACGCGGGGAACGUUGAAUCGAGGCCACCGCUCAAGUCCGACAAUCGACAUCAUGG